ACUAGUAUAUAUAUAAUACUAACAAAAGAUCAUUUGAGACACUGAUGUUUGGGGUGGUUGUGGGUUUGCGUGUGCAUGAUACCAACUCCUUUUAAUUUGAUAUAAAACCCGGCCAGAAGAUAGCUGAGGUUUCUCACAGUUUCAUUGUCCAUUUGUUUGAUCUCAGCUUUGUGCUUCAGAGUAAAAGGUUUAGUGUUUGUUUGUGUUAAGCAGUGAUGAACGACCCUAGGUACCCAUAUGCUUACCCUGCCCAAGGCCAAGGUUAUUAUCAAGGACCCCCAGUGAUGGCACCUCCACAAUAUGCUGCUGCACCACCCAGGAGAUCAGAAGCAGGUUUCAUUGGGGGAUGUUUAGCGGCUCUCUGUUGCUGCUGCCGGAUUGGCGAGUGUUGCUGCUGCCGGAUUGGCGAGUGUUGCUGCCGGAUUGGCGAGUGUUGCUGCCGGAUUGGCGAGUGUUGCUGCCGGAUUGGCGAGUGUUGCUGCGACCCAUCCAUCGUAUGUGUCUGCUGAUCAUCAUCAUCGGCCUGUAAUUGCAUGCACGUACGAAUAUUUCCCGCUUGUAAAUAGUAUCAUGCUCGAAAUUGUUCUCGUCCGGUGAUCAGUACAUGUAGACUUUGUUUUAGAUUUGCAGUUUCUAUUGUCUAUCAAUCUUUGUGUUGUAGUUUCUCAGAGACUAUAUAUAAUAUUCAUCAAUUUCUCUUA